AUGACCUUCAAUCAAAAAGUUGGGUACAUUAGAGGAACCUAUAUGAAUGGAUACUAUGCACAGCCUCAGCCACAACCGCUAUAUUACAACCACCAUCACUUGUAUGGUGGAGGACGAGAUAUGGUUGGGGCAAGUCCGAUGAUGCCUCUCUACACUUUCUAUCCUUAUCAUCAGUCUCAGGCCAUCGGAUUUACUCAACCUUCCUUUACGAAACCUAUUUCCACUCAUCCCAUAUCAGGUCGAAACCUUAUCGACAAGGACUCGAGCAAUCCAUCCCCGCGGAACCCCGAAGGUUUGCAGGAAAAUACUCGACUUCCAACUCCACACGACAGGUCCGGAACGUCGCGGGAACGUCCUUCGGGACAAAACCCCAGCGAAACAUCCCCUGCCGAGAAAUGGAACUCAGAGAGUCCUCCACCUCCUGCUAAGGACACGGAGGCCAAUGAAGUCGAGCAUGUCGACUUGGAUCCCAGCAACGUCACCAACGAUACUGAGGAGGACGCUGACAAACAUCCAAGAAGAAUCAGAAGCCGAUCCGCUCGGGAAAGCUCCCCGUUCGAUAAACCAAUGACAGAAGAUGAGGAAAACCUCUACAGGAUCGAACAGGAGGAGCUGGCCAAAAAACAGGCCGGGAUUACUCGCAGCAAACGCCGACAAGCUCGGAACUCUGCUAGCGAGAAAUCAGACAUACGCGACCUACGCGACUACAUAACCAAAACUGCUGCGGAAGUAAGGGCCGUGAAAUCCCAGAUCCAUCACGCUACCAGUGCUGCCCCAGAGAUCGAUAGAAUACUCGAGGGAGCUCAGAAAACGGCUUUCACCGCUCGCAUCUCUGAUACGAGAGUAUCUGACCCGGGAAAAAUUAAAGUACCAAAGUACGAUGAUAGAGAAACAUCCAAUGUCGACCUCUGGAGUCUGUCCCAAAGGGAAGACGAACCCCUCCGUGAGUUCAUAAGCCGGUUCAAGCUGAUUAUGUCAAGGGUUAGCAGGAUAAGCGACAAGGUGGCCAUAGACGCACUCAGAAAAACACUCUGGUACAAGUCAAAAUUCAGAAAAUGGAUAACCCUCGACAAACCACGGAUGAUCCAAGACGCCCUCCUCGAAAGAUGUAGACCAAAAGACGAAAAAGAAAAGCUCUCGUAA